AUGGCGUCGAUUGGUCUCCUGGUGCUGCUCGCCGGUGCUGCUCAUGCUGCAAGUGUCUCCGAUAUCUUGACCGAGUUAGGCCAUACCAAGACGAGCGCCUGGCUGGCCAAGAAUGGUCACUAUCAAGCCGCCAUCUUCAAUACCUCGCUCGGGCCAAUCAGUUUCUGCUCGCCAUCCAACAAGGCAUGGGAAGCUCUGAUGCCUUCUGCAAACAACGAUACAUUCAUCGGCGAGACUUACAUGCCCUUGCAUAUCGUUCGUACGCGUCUGGAUGCCAGCAAGGUAGCCAUCGCGCCCGCACGUUCGAUCUACCGCUCCGGCCUGCUGCCGCCUGCUACAUUUGGACUCAACCUGGGCGCUGGCUUGCCCUCACCGCUUGUCUUCCAAGUCAAUAGCUCCGGAUCCUUGCUCGCGCUCCAGACUGCCUUUGGUGGCAACAUCACGAUCACCCCGAGCAACCAGACGUCGGACGACGGCGUGUCCAUCUUCAGUGCCGACAUGUGGUUCGAUGUGCCGGGCGACAUCUUGCUCGCAAGUCAGAACGCCAACGGAGCAGACGCGUCCGAUUUCGGCUCUGUCUUGCAAGCCGCAUCACCUUCUGGUGAUCUCCUGGUCGAUAUACAGUCUUCGAAGGCGCUGACCGUGCUGAUGCCAAACAAUGACGCACUUGCGCCGACGAAACGCAUGCUCGGAUCCCAGCCGCCGGCUCUUCUGACCAUGCUGAUCAAGAACCACAUCAUCAAUGGCACGGCUGUCUAUUCGACGCAGAUCGAGGACAAUCUCGAGGCCGUGACCGCUGCGGGCAGCGCAGUCACUUUUCACAAGGCCGCAAAUGGCGAUCUGUCUGUUGCUAUUGGCACGACUGCUGCCGUCAAGAUCGUCAAGUCGGACAUCUUGGGCGAGAAUCUCGUCGUCCAUACGAUUGCAGGCGUGCUCAAGUCGACGACGAGCGAUGACGGCAAGGCCAAAGAUGCCAACAAAGCUUACCUGGACUUUGACGACAGCGGCAAGAUCCCCGCUUACGGCGAGAUUGACAGCAAGACGCCCAUCGCGCUCUCUGUCGCGUCGACCAAGGUCACCGUGAUCGCUGCCUCUUCGGCCACGGGCGGCGUGUCCUCCCUAUCUGCCUCGAUCGCGCUCGUGCUCGUCGCGCUUGCCUGCGCUGUCAUGUAG